AUGUCUUCUCGAGCAGUCGGGGGGGAUGCGGUGGGUCAGGUGUUGUUACCUGGAGAUGUACUCGCUCUGCCGGCACAGACAGGGGACGGCUCGCUAUCGCUGAUAUCUUCGUCUCCUUCCACCGGUCGGGUGAGGGUGGUGUGCGGUCCGGGGCUCACUCGGCAUGGAGACAACCUUCAGGUCACGAAGUGUGGAAUGCUGAGACUGAGGGAGCCGACGCUGUACUGGGUGGACUCCCAGCAGAAGAGGUAUGUGCCUGUUAAAGGGGACCCUGUGAUUGGAAUUGUCACCACCAAGGCUGGAGAUAUUUUUAAAGUUGACAUUGGAGGAAGUGAUCAAGCUUCAUUAUCAUACUUGUCCUUUGAAGGUGCAACUAAAAAAAAAACAGACCCAAUGUAAAGGUUGGAGACCUCGUUUAUGGACAGGUUAUUGUGGCCAAUAAAGACAUGGAACCAGAGUUGGCAUGCAUCGACAGCUAUGGAAAAGCAAAUGGGAUGGGUAUCAUUGGACAAGAUGGCCUUAUGUUUAAAGUAUCCUUAGGACUAGUAAGAAAGCUUUUAAGACCCCAGAAUGACAUUGUCCAGGAACUGAUAAAUGUAUUUCCAUUUGAAAUGGUCAUUGGAAUGAAUGGAAGAAUAUGGGUUAAAGCUAAAACUGUCCAACAAACUUUAAUUGUAGCCAACUUACUAGAAGCCUGUGAAUUUUUGACUGCCGCACAGAGGAAGCAUGUCUUUUCAGAGUUCUCAAACAGCAUGUAUGGAUGA